AUCGAAGAGAGAAAAACAUUAAUGAAAACAUGAGAGAAAAACCGCGGAUUUAAAUUCAGAGGAGGCGGUUCACUUCUUCUCAGGAUCAACAUUUUCACCCCGCUUUGUUUGUUUCUGCGCGGAUUGCGGAGGUGAUGUCCGAAGAAGCUGCAGCAUCAGAUCAAGGCCCGAAGGAGGAGGAGGAAGAGGGAGGAGGAGAAGAGGGAGAUGAAGAGCGAGGAGGAGGACCGGGAGGAGGUCGCGUGGUCUCCAUGGAGAUACCCAAAGCUCCCGUUUACUGCGUUUGCAGGAAACCCGACAUCAACUGCUUCAUGAUAGGGUGCGACAGCUGCACCGAGUGGUUUCACGGCGGCUGCAUCGGCGUCUCCGAGAAAGCCGCCAAGGCCAUCAGAGUUUGGUACUGUCCGUCCUGCAGAGACAAAGACCCGACUCUGGGAAUUAAAUACCGUCCAAAGAAGACAAAGGACAAAGAUGAAAGGGAGGCGGGGUCAGAGAGGGAUGACGGGGAUGGAAGCUCCACCCCUCAGCCAAAGAUGGACAAGAGGCGGGGCUCACAGAUCAAGCGUUCGGCCAGAAUGUGCGGCGAGUGUGACGCCUGCCUCAGGACGGAGGACUGCGCGCUGUGCGACUUCUGCAAGGACAUGAAGAAGUUUGGAGGACCCAACAAAAUCCGCCAGAAGUGUCGCCUCAGGCAGUGCGAGGUCCGAGCCCGGAAAAUGCUUCGGGUGAAGGACGAGGAGAUGAGUCAAAGCAGCAGCAGGGGGCGCAGCCUGUCGAGAAGGGGGGCGGGGCAUGAGACGGAGGACGAGGACGACGAGGAGGACGAGGAGGAGGAAGGCUUCAGCGAGAGCGAGUUGGAGCUGUAUGAGCAGUACAAAGCGGCCGGAUACAGAGACCUGGUGUGGCGCAGCGAAGAAGAGGACGCCCACUCCGACUCAACGAGGAAGAAAGCGGUGAAGGUGAAACACGUUAAGAGACGAGAGAAGAAGCCCGAGAAGAAGAAAUCCACGUCCGUCCCCAAAGAGGAGGCCAAACCCCGGCGCCACAAGGUGAAGCAGCGCCACAGGGAGCGCGUGCGACACAGCGAGCGGGCGGGAGAGGGCGGGGCUAAAGAAGCUGGCGGCACCAUGAGGCAGUGUCUGGGUCCAGGCUGCGUCGAACCCGCCAGGUCCAACUCCAAAUACUGCUCCGAGGACUGCGGCAUGAAGCUCGCCGCCAAUCGCAUCUACGAGAUCCUCCCUCAGAGGAUCCAGCAGUGGCAGCAGAGUCCCUGCGUUGCCGAGGAGAUGGGGCGGAGACAGCUGGAGCGAAUCAGGAAGGAGCAGCAGGCCGCCAGGCUCCGCCUCACGCUGAUGGAGAAGCGCUUCCACGAGCUGGAGGGAAUCAUCGCCAACGCCAAGCUGCAGCAGGUCCAGCAGCACGAAGAGGUGACCGAAGGCGACGGAGACGACACCGACCUGCAGAUCUUCUGUGUGUCCUGCAGUCACCCCGUCAACCCCAAGGUGGCGCUGCGACACAUGGAAAGAUGCUACGCUAAGUACGAGAGUCAAACGUCCUUCGGUUCCAUGUAUCCGACCCGGAUCGAGGGAGCCACCAGGUUGUUCUGCGACGUUUACAACCCUCAGAGUAAGACGUACUGCAAGCGGCUGCAGGUCUUGUGUCCUGAACACUCCAGAGAUCCGAAGAUCCCGGCCGAUGAGGUGUGUGGUUGUCCUCUGGUCAAAGACGUGUUCGAACCGACCGGAGAGUUCUGCCGGGUGUCCAAGAGGAAGUGCAACAAACACUACUGCUGGGAGAAGCUGCGUCGGGCCGAGGUCGACCUGGAGAGAGUCCGAGUGUGGUACAAGCUGGACGAGCUGUUCGAGCAGGAGAGGAAUCUGAGGACCGCCAUGACCAACCGAGCCGGUUUGUUGGCUCUGAUGCUGCACCAGACCAUCCAGCACGACCCCAUCACCACCGACCUGCGCUCCACCAAGGACAGGUAGAAGGUGGAGACCCCCGACGGAGACGCAGCGCCGGAUCGCCGGCUUCUUUAUUGAUAAACACAUGCGUUGUGGAAAAUGCAGUGCCAACGACGUUUGUUCCUCCAAGAGGCCAAAACUAUUUUUACUGAUCAUUUAACACUGAGAGCAGCUCUAGGGUCAUCUUCCUGUUUUGAUGUUGACGGUUCUAUCACUGCCUUGCCCUGGCUGUGUGUCAAAGUGUCCUUGAGCAAGACACUGAACCAUGAAUUAAUCCCUGUGGUGUGUAUGUGUGUCCAGGUUCCGUUUCCAUGUACUUGUGAGUGAAAGGAUGAACGGUGCCAGAUCAUGUAGAGCUCUUAGAGAAAUCCUUCCUUCUUUUGUACUUCUAAUAAGUUUUAUUGUCUAUUGGAGAUUCUGAUCUGCCCCCGUUUACACGUUUCAAAUCUAAAUGCAUCAUUUCGGAGAUGUUUUGCAUUUACACCACAGUCUUUUGAUAAAAAAAUAUGUGUCUGCACAGCAACAGCAGCAACCUUGUAGUUAGCAGGCCAGACCACAAGCUGGCGCUGUUUGUUUUAGUAAUGAAACCACACACACACACACACACACACACACACACACAAAUGCUGCAGAGAACAACACAGUCUAAUGGGAGAACACGUCCAUUCGUAUGAACAGACCACCCAGUUGGAUGGUUAUUACAGUGACUGUCAACUCUAAAACUACCAGCACUAAAACUUUCCCCGUUUCCAUGGAGAUAGAGUCGGAGCAUUUUCAAAAAGUUGCAUUUGCACCUUUGUCGUGUGCACAGACAUUAAAAACACAACCAAAGUUUCCACUUGGAAACACUGUCAUGUAAACAUACUGUGUUCAACAACAGUCGGAGGGUUUCCCACCGUUUCCACGGAGACGGAGCUGAACAUUUUUGGAAAGUUCCAUCUCGGGAGCCGUUUCCAAAUAGUUGAGUUUUCAUUGUCUCCAAGCCUCAUCGUCAUGUAAACAGACUCCCAAAACACUACAGAAGUUUUGCAUUUUCUCUUGAAAACGUGGUUGUGUGUUGACGGGGCCUUGAGAGUCCUAACUUAAUUUUGUUGUGAUCUUAAUCUGUAAUUAUCAGAUUAAACCUUGUAAAUGUUGUAUAUUUGUGAAACAUGAACAUCAGAAUGAAGAAAGCAUUUUUUAAGUCGACAGAGGACUUUAGCACACAGACUGUCAGUGUUUUCAUCAGUAUUACAUGUGUCUGGAUUCUGUCCUGAAGAGUUGAAACUCUUGUGUUUUAUACUGUUGCCAUGGAUGCAACUCGGAUUGAACACUAGCUGAAGGUAUGAGAUGAUUUUUUUAUUCCUCCAUGAACACUAGAGGUCAGUAUUUCGUGUUUUUCAUCCCGAUGUCUCACUGUUGUUGUUUUAUGCCGAUUGUUGUCAAACUGAAUAAAACAUAUGUU